AUGGCCGAAGAACAAUCAAGCAGUGCCAUUGAAGAUGGCAAAUCCCUUCACCAGGUGUUCCUGCAGAAAGGUACCGAUCCCUCCGAAGUUGUUGACCUCAUCAAAUCGACUGUCGGACAUGACUACAUCUCCCCCUGGUCAGAUGCAGAUGAUGCAUCAAUUUCUGCGCAAUUCAAGGCCAUGUCAAGCCAGAUUGCGAAGGUGAAGGACCACAAGGACAUUGUGCGUGUAAUUAAGGUUGAGUUUCCUGUCCAGGACAUCACCACGCCCAGAGGACGAAGAUCUUUUGCUGAGAGCAAUUACUAUAUUCGUCCAAUCAACUAG